AUGAGCAAUCUUGGAUCGUCUACUACUGCUAUCUAUCAACGCACAUCGGAAAGUCCUCCAGGCUUGAGUUCGGCUAGUUCCCAGGAAGCUGGGGUGACAGAUAUUAGAAAGCUGGCUACCCUGUUUGAUGACGCCCCGGUUUAUGCUAAAGUCCUGGUCGAUCUGGAUGCUGAUCAACUUGAUAAACCUACUGACGAGGCUUUCAUCGAUCAGGCAAUAGAGGGCUUCGACAUCCUCAAGGCUUCAGAUGCCGGUGUUAGGGGAAUCCUAACGAAGUGGACUAACUUCAUACGAGAUAAACUCAGAGCGUCCUCUGGGCCCGUGGCGUCCGGAGAGGACCCAACGGAAACGGCCGUGAUCGUAUUUAAAGAGCUCCUGUACAGCGCUUUGGUGGUAGAAGUACAGUCCGAGGUGGCGGUGCUGGUCUGCGCUUCCCUUGCUACGUCUGCGGUGAAGAAAGCCUUCCGCCUCCAUCGGCUAGCCGAGCUUGGGUCGGCUCGGACGCUAGAAGAUAAGGUCAUUUCAUUGUUUAAGCGACAGAGUUCUACGGUCGAUGGGACCGAGUUUCUAGACGGAAAACAGCAAAGGCCGACAUCCGAAGCACGUUCCGCCAAGUCGCCUAACAACCCGCACAAGCUACCCCUGCAAGUGUCUACCCCUUUCGAUGGACCUACUCCCGCUUUGCCCUACACUAUGUUCCGUAACGCGCUGAAGACAGCGGGCAAAUUCUAUAAGUUGAAAGAUGAUGACAUGGUUGUUUACAUUUUUAGAAACCUAUCUCCUGGUCUUGGUCUGGACGUGAUGAGCGACCUGGGCGAAUCCGAGGCGAAGUUACCAAGUGUCUGGCUGUCGUUGGACGCUCGCUUCGGGUCUUUGGACACUCCAUCAGGCAUCGCAGCGCGAUGGGAGCGUCUCUAUAUGAGGUCGAGCGAAAGCGUGACCGAUUUCAGUGCUCGUCUGCGUAGAGAAGCCCACCUUUUCCACACAGUCACUGGGGUCAGUCUUACAUUGGAGCUCAUAGCCGCUCGUUUCCUCGUUGGUCUGCGGAAAGAGAUACGCGCUAAGCUCGAGAGUACUUACAGUCAUCGUUUGAAUUCGCUAGCGCUCGAAGAACUCCGAGACGCUGCUGUCUACAUCGAAAACAAGGACCGUCGAACUGCGAUAGAUUCAACCGGUACCUCAAAAGCGCAUGUGAAGAAGUCGACCAGCGAUGAGGCAACUCUAGUAACCUCAAGCAAGAGCAGCAAAGAGCCUUUGACAUUCGGUUGUACCUAUUGUCUCGAGCAUCACAUCAAGGGUGCUGAGAAGCAUACUCAAGAGAACUGUUGGAAAGAUCCCGCUAAUGCUUCUAUCGUUCCACCCUGGUAUACAACCAGGAUGAAGGGCAAGAACGAAGCGGACAAGUCGAAUUCCGCGAAGGUCUUCUUGACUCCUUCUCCCGGUCUCUUCUAUCUUAAGGGAACUUCGGGAACUAUAAACUUACGUUUGCUGGUGGAUACUGGUGCAGACUACACCCUAAUGGCUCGGCAAACGGCCGAAAGAUGUGGGGUCUCCAAUGUGGAAGUUCUGGACUCUCCUAUCCUUGUGGGAUCAGUGAGCAGCGCAGAAGCGGUCAGGCUAAAGACACGCGGGCGGCUCAGGGUAACUGUUCCUGAUAGAGAUGGGGAGGUAACGGAACUCACUCUAUUGGUCUACCUGGUGGAUGGUGGUGCGCUGCACGAGCUCCUGCGUGGGGAUGUCGUCCUGAUGGGCAUGAGCACACUCUCUCGGAUGCGGGCGGACGUGCUCGUUGGAGAGCGAGCUCUGGUGUGCCGGGAACUAGCGACGACCUGGCCACUAUUCACAGAAACAGACAACGAGCAACAGGCGCUACUUGGGCUCGCUGAUGGAGCGUCGAGCGACGAAACUUGCGUCACCUACUCUCUUCCAGAUGAGGCUACUAUAAAGGAACGGUUGAGAGAUUGGCAGUGGCCCCAAGUCUACGUUGAAAUGAAGUCCACGGCGGUCCCGCCUGCCCGGCGAGAUCCGUAUCCCUGUAAGGACAUCGAGAGGAAAGCCAUGCGUCUGCUCGUGAGUCAACUCGAGAAGGAUGAUUUUAUUGAGAACAUCUCUCCUGAACGAGUGAGGAACGAAGAUGUGUGGGUGGUGCCGGCCUUCAUCGUGGAGAAACACUGUACCGAACCUCAACCUUCCAUCGAGGAGCUCAGUGAUAUCAAUGUACAGAAGCAUUUUCGUUUGGUGGUGGAUGAGAGACCAAUCAAUGAAGGAUGUAGUCCGUUGCCCUCAACUUGGGAGGGAUAUCAGGUCUCCUUCACGCAAUGUCUCGAAUCCAUAGGAUCGAACUCCUGGUUCGCAUCCUUGGAUAUUAAGAAUGCUUACUUCUGUCUCCAAUAUCACCCAUCGGUUCAACGGUACUUCGCUUUCAGCUAUUUUGACGAUGAUAACAACGUGCACUACGCCUUACACAAGAGAAUGAUCAUGGGAUGGACUCACAGUGCGAGUUACUGGUGCUAUGCCUUACGGCGCCUUUUAGACCUCGCCGUCCCUGAGAUUCUCCCAUAUAUGGUCACGUACAUGGACGAUUGCCUGAUAUGGCAUCCCGAGCGGACUACAUGUGAGGCCAUGUUGAAGUUGGUGCUGUAUGCGAUCAGGAGGGCGGGGGCUGAGGCACCCCCUCAUAAGGUGAAAGGACCUUGUAGGGAGUUGGAGUUCCUUGGAAUGCGACUAGGACCUGACGGGUAUGCUGUGGCUGACCAUACGGUUGAAGAGCUACGGUCAGCGUUACGCGAGCGACCCACGACGUUGCGGGGCCUGAGGGUUAAGCUAGGACUCAUGCAGUUCUGUAAGAGCCUCUGGUCGCCAGUAACGGGGGGAGCCCAUUGUACGCUGACACAUCUCACACAACCGCUUACGGCAAUGAUCGGUGACCUUACCUCGAAGGGUGCUCGUCGUAAUGCGAAGCUCCCUUGGUCCGUUGAGCUUGAUGAAGUCUGGAAUACGAUUGUGUGCUCUAUGAGACCGCAAGUAAUCGGGUUUCACGCCUCCUCCGAAGCUUCCGGCGACCUACAGUUUGUAUUGUCGAGUGAUGCCAGCCCGAUAGCUGCUGCCGCGAUCUUGUAUGUUGGUAGCCGAACAACUCUCUUGCAGAGACUUGAAGCCGGUUUAGUGGUCGACUCUGAAUGGCUUGGAUCAUGGGGUCGUAUUGUUGGUAUCUGGACGCAUCGCUGGUCAAAAGCCGAGCGUCGGUACGAUAUUAUCGACAAAGAGCUGUUCAGUCUCACCAAGGCACUAUUACAUUGGCGACCUCGAGUCCUGGAGUCGGUGUUACGCGUCCGAGGGCGAGCAGACUCAGCUGACACCAGAGGGAUGGGCCGUGUUGCGGCAUUCACCGACUCUACUGCAGCCCUGGGUCGCUUUGUGGCCCGUAACACAUCCUCUUUGAAGCCUCAAGGUAGUCGUGAUCGACGCUGGCUUGCCUGGUUGGUUGAUUUGGCAGACUUUCCCGAGGUUGAUCUCACAGUUAGACAUCUGAAGGGAACGUGUAAUCAACUGUCAGAUAUUCUCUCCAGAUUGUUACCUGGUGGUUCUACAAUGCUGGCAGAAGGAACCUCCAAGCCGUUAGCUCUGCUAUCGUCGGUCCUGGUAUCGACAUUGGCCGACGGAAGUACGCCCGACCUGGCGGGCGCGCCGCAAGAACCUACCGGAAACGGCGAUGAUCAGCCUUCCGUGAACACGUUGGUGGCCGAGGCGACGACAGUCAUCCUUACCCAGCAGAAGUGCGAUGGUACUACGAAGGUCUAUGGUACGCCUUUAUCCGUUUGGUGGUCCCACUUCCUGGGUGAAGAAGAAGAUGUACUAUCAGCUCCCGCAGUAGCGGCGGUAGAUAUGGGCCUGGUCCGCUGGGGACCUGGGCUGUACGUCAUUCGUGAUGCCGCCGACGAUGAUGUGGUAUGGUCCUUGGUCGUCCCAAGCGGGGCUGCUGGAGAGCUACCUAACCUACUGUCAACGAACUACCUUCCUGACUGGAGCAUACGUGAAUGGCUGACAUUCGUCUUCCAUGACAUGUCAUUCCAUCAAGGAGUUGAUAGUGCUUUGGUGGCUAUUCUACAGCAUUUCUGGUGGCCUGGUUGUGCUAAAAUGAUUCGUCAGUGGAUUCAAAGCUGUGAUCGAUGCUUGGAAAACCGUAAGAACAUCCGCUUGCAUAGUAUACCUUGUCUACGGAUCCCUCGAGGACUGGUUAACCUUACAGACGGUGGCAAGCACGUAGCUGUCGAUUUUGGCUAUCCACGACAAAAUUGGGUCCCUGCAAGUGACAAUGUAAACAUUGGCUUUAUAUGUAUGGUGUGUCUCGCUACGGGAUACACGGUUGUGGAGCCGGUCAGCAACAUGAAAGGGAUGACAGCGGUUCAGAGUGUGAUGAAACUCUGGGUGCCUUUCUUCGGGAUACCCCGAACUCUCACCGCGGACAACGCCAUUACUACCAACGAGUUCUGUACUGAACUCUCCGCAGUGGGCAUCCGAGUCUGCCGAAUACCGAGCUUCUCUCCGUGGGCUAAUGGAGUGGCAGAGAAGAGGAUCGGUGUGAUCAAAGACCGAAUUCAGGGGAUGCGUAUUCCUUGGGACAAUGCUCUCUCGUGGAUACAGCUGUCGCUUAAUUCCACUGCUAACGCUGUCGGCAUCAGUCCCGCUGAGCUCAUGUUUGGGUCAAGAAUACGUAGUGUGGCCGAUGCGGUCGUCGGAGCCGUAUGUGAAGACUACGAUGCCACCAACGACGACCCCUCGCAGUUAAAUCGCUCAACUUCAUUCUAUGACGAG